CACGCCUCCAUAGCCAGCUCUCGAAGCGUUUUCCCAAUGAUACUCUCAGAGCCCCCAAAGAGCAAUAACAAACUAAUGCACAUCAAAGAAUUCUUCGGCUUCUCCCAUUCUUCUUCCCCCAAAUCCCUCCACUCCUCUUCUUCCUUCCCCACCUCCGACCGCCGGACUCCGUUGCCGCUGAGAUAUGACCCUUCCCAAUUGGCGGCCAUGGAAGAGGCCAUCACGAACUCGGAACCCAUCAUCAUGAAAUGGGACCCGGAUUCCUCUGAGUUCAAUAGAAUUACCUUCCUCUUCCGCCACGGCCGAGCUGAAUCCGACGAGUUUUUGAACUCCGUUAAUGAGCUCCGGCGGACAAUGGACUUUGUCAUAUCCGAGAAUUCCACCUCCAACGUCCUUGUUCUAGCUCAAAAGCUGAUGCAGGCUGCCAUGAGACGACUAGAGAAGGAGUUCUACCAGAUUUUGAGUGAGAAUCGCCAGAAUCUCGACCCGGAAUCCUUUUCUGGUAGAUCUUCUGAUAGGUCAACGCCCGACGGCGAAAGCAGAGGGGAUUCCGUCGGCGACGUCGACAGAGUCUCGGCGGACUUGAAAUCGAUUGCUGAUUGCAUGAUUGAUUCUGGGUAUGGGAAAGAGAGUGUUCAAAUCUACAAAGUAAUUCGAAAAUCGAUCGUCGAUGAAACUCUGUAUCGGCUCGAAACAGAGAAGUUCAAACUUUCGAGAAUUCAGAGAUGGAAUUGGGAUUCGGUGGAGCAUGUGAUUAAGAUUUGGAUGAAUUCGAUCAAGAUCGCCGUGAAUACUCUGUUUCGUGGAGAGAAAAUUCUCUGCGAUCAUGUUUUUUCGAGGUCGCAAAGAAUCCGGGAAUCCUGUUUUUCCGACAUCACAAAAGAUGGUGCAAUCACAUUGUUUAGAUUCCCGGAAUUGGUCGCAAAGGGAAAGAAAGAUUCCGACAAAAUCUUUCUGUUAAUGGAGCUUUACGAAGCGAGUUACGAAGUCUGGCCGGAAAUCGAGGUAAUAUUCGACUCUGUUUCGACGUCCGCCAUUAAAACACAAGCUCAAACGUCAAUGGUGAAACUCGCGGAUUUAAUCCGCGACAUUCUGUAUGAAUUCGAGCUGACAAUUCAGAAAUAUUCGUCCAAGACUCCGGCCCCUGGCGGCGGAAUCCACCCACUGACCCGAUCGGCAAUGAACUACAUCUCAUCGCUGGGAGAUUAUAGUGGGACUCUCUCCGACAUCAUCCCCGCCGGAAAAUCUCAUAUUCCAGCGUCGUACAUGGAAACCAACGCCGUCGACGACGGUCUCUCGUCUCCAGUGGCGGCGCAACUCGGGUGGUUAAUUCUAGUCCUCCUCUGCAAACUCGACACAAAAGCGGCGCUCUACAAAGACGUAUCUCUCUCCUAUCUCUUCCUUGCCAACAACCUGAAUUUCAUCGUGAAGACAGUGACGGCGACCAAUCUAAGAAGCGUCCUCGGCGGCGAGUGGGUGACGAAUCACACGAGCAAGAUGAAGGUGUACACAGCGAACUACGAAGCGACGGCGUGGAACAGAGUGAUGUCGUGUCUGCCGGAGAGGGGUUCGACGGAAGUGGGGUCGCCGGAGACGGCGAAGGAGUGGUUUAGAAAGUUCAAUGCAGCGUUCGAAGGGGCGUACCGGAAACAGACGUCGUGGAGGGUGGAGGACGGGAAACUGAGAGACGAGCUGAAAAUGUGUAUAGCGAGGAAGGUGGUGCCGAGGUACAGGGAGUUCUACGAGGGGUGCGCUGAGACGGUGGGUGUGGAGAGAGGGGUUUUGAGGUUCUCUCCCGAUGAUUUGGGGAACUAUUUGUCGGAUUUGUUUCAUGGGGUUUCUUCCUCCGGUAGUAGUUCUUCCUCCUCUUCUUUUCGCAGUGUUUGAACAAAAAAAUGAUGAGGUGGCGCAAUCUCCCGUCGACACGUAUUGUCCACGUUUGAAAAUGUAUAAAUUUGGGUUUUCUGAUGUGGAUUAUUAUAUCAUAUACGUUUGAAAAUGUAUAUA